AUGUCCAAAACACCACAAACCAUCUCUUCGCGCCUCGCGCACCUCAUCAAGGCCUGGCCCACCGACCCUAUACGACCAGCCUCAGUCUCCGUGCAGAGCUACCUCCAAGCCCGCCUCCCCAAGACCGAAACCGAGGCUCCCCAGAUCUCGCAAUCGUCAGUCAUUGCGCUCACAAACCUCCUCAACGACCAAUAUAGCAAACAAUAUCCUCUACCCCAAAAGCUGCGCCAUCCUGCCAGCAAUCCAACCCAUUAUGAUGAUGUCGUGAGGGAGUUUGAGGAGGCGCCGAAUCGGAAUUGGUGGGGGAGGGUACAAAAGAGAUUGGGAGGGAUGUUACGGUUGAAAUAG